AUGACGGCGAUCAUAAUUCGAUUGGUGGGAGGAAACGACGAUCGUUUGUUCAAGGGUAUCGAAGUGGAUAAUAAGGUUUUACUUCGAUAAUUUAUUCUUAUUAACAUAUUUUAUUUGUAUAUUUUCAGAUUCUAUACGUUGACCUGAAGAAGGAAAUUCAAUCUGUGACACAUAUCCCAGCCAAGUUUCAAGAACUCCAAUUUCGUGGUGAAGAUCUUCCCGUUGUUGAGCGUCCCAUUCUCGACAUAAAGUGUGGCGAAGAAAUUGUUGUCGUAAGUUGAAUUUUUACAUUUUAGAAUUUACUAUUUAUUAUUAGGAUGUAUAAUUUUUGGAAUUUAAGUUUUUCCCUAUCAGUAAAUUUUUAAAAGUGUAUUUCAGAAACAUUCUCUUCUGGAAUCCUGGCGUGCGUAUUUGUUGCUUUGUGACAGCGCCAAAAAUAUCAAAAAAGGAAAACCUGAACGAACAAAGUGUGCGCAAAGAGCUAUAGCGAAUUCACAAGAACUCGAGGAUUCCGGAUUUUUCGAAGCCUACGUCAACUUUGUGACAGUUUGGAUCGACACUAUCGGUCAAAUGAUGAGGUUUGCUAAUUUGUUCAAUUCCUUUUAAAAAUAUUGACAAAAUAAUGAUAUUCGCAUUCCAGGUUUGUCGACCGAACGCGAAACGCUUUUGAACAAAGCGCUACAAAAUUCUUCACCAAGAUGUUUCCCAAUUCAACAAUAAGCUUUAAGCCUGAGCAAGGCGGUAGUCGAGCAGGGAUUGUGGUGACUGUCACUUGCAAUGGAGAAGAGACGCUUUACUAUAUGAAGACUUAUCAUCACGCCGGUUCUUCAACUUCCCUGCAAAAUGCAUCAAAGCGACACCUGCCGGAUCUUCGCGAAAUGUUCGCAUAUCGACUUCUUGAACAUAUUGGAGUUGGACCUCUUGUAUUCUUCCCAUUCUAUGAUGGAUCGACAUACAUUCACUACAUUGCAACUAAGGAAGUCAAAGAAUUCAAAGAGCUGGACAAACUUCAGGAUGUUGUACUGCAAAAUGAAGUAGUUGUUGAGGUGAUACAUUUUUAAAUAAUUUUUUUAAUUAAAAAAAUACUUUAAAUACUUAUUUAAAUAAAAUCCAUUUCAGGCUUACCUGCUCUCACUUAUUCUUGGCAUACGCGACUUGAAUGAGGGAAACAUUGGUUCAACCAAGGAGAAAGCCCUGUCUAUCAUUGAUUUUUACGUUCCGGAUACUGACAACUUUCUACGACGGAGAAUACUCGAUGAUUUCAAGAAUAAGAGCAACUUUGGUGGACUAGGAAAAGCCAACGAAAUUCUCACUGAAAUAGGACAUGAAGAAAGGAUGAAAAUCGCCAAGGAUGCCCUGCCCCAUUGGAGUCGAAUCAAAAGCGUAACAAGCGAUAUCAUUGGUAUUGAGAAAAGCGAAUUACGGGAACAUGGAAUAAAGUUCGGGACUGCUACAAAUGACGUAGAAAAUUAUCUUCAAGACAUCAAAUUGAAUUAUGACUCGAUAUGUUUAGCUUUUCAGUAG